AUGCAGUCAAGUUCAACGGGCCAGGCCCAGGCCCAGGGCCAGAACGGCGCCGCCAACAAACACCGCGCUUGCGAUGAAUGCCGGACGCGGAAGCUGGCCUGCACCAAAGAGCCCGACGGCUGCUCUCGGUGUAAGCGCGAGGGCAUCGCCUGCCACUACUCGCCCCAGAAGCCCAUGGGCCGGCCCCGGAAACGACUGCGAGACGAAGAGCACGACACGCCAGACGUUGUGGCGACGAACAAAUCUCCCAUGGCCGAGGUCCCUCCGGACACAAUGGAUGUCGGGCUGGAAUUCAUCAACCUGCUAAUGGGGGAGGAUGUCGACUUUGGGGCACAGAUGCAUACGGAUACUACAACGGACGAUUCGCAACAGCCGAGAGGCGAGUCGUGGAACUUUGGCUUCACAGGAAAUGCUUUCGGAGACGUCAAUUUCGAUCCGAUGCCGGCAAAUCAUACACAGUCGUUCUCGCCGUCGAACAUCGACCCGGCCCUGUUCGUCGCCCCAUCGGCAGAGGCGCCGCCAGCGGACCCGGUUCCGGCUCUGUCGCCCAACUCCGCCAGUACCCCUCAGAGCAACGCGAGCAACUACACUACGCCUGCGCAAAAGUGUGCCUGCACCGCGAGCCUUUACCUCGCGCUCGACUCGAUGCAAAAGCUUUCCACAGAGGUCGAACCGGCCAUCAGACAAGCCAGAAUGGCCGCCAAGACAGCCUACGAAGUAGUCAACUGCCCUGUCUGCUCCUCCACGGUAGAUAAUCCCGGUGCCCCACGGUCUUCUCCGCAGAUGAUGCAGAACUUCCAGAACCUCAUGCUGCUUGCCACGUUGAUCCCCAGCAUCGUGCACGCCUACGAGCGCAUCCUCGCCAUUGUCGACCAAGAAACAAACAGAUCCGUGGCGGAACGCCGCAAGGUAAUAUUCAAACUGGGCGGCCUGGGCGGCAUCUGGGGCAGUCUAGGGGCGGGCGAUCCGUGCGGGACGCGGGCGGCCUUUGGUCAACGCGAAAUGGAGCCCGCCAUGUGGCGACUCACCGUCAGGGCAUUGCUGAAGGUCGACGUCUACGGCAUAUCGGGAGGGUGCCCGACAAACGACAGCUCGGCGUGGCAACGCGACCCGUUCCACCUCGGUCUGAAGGACAUCGUCCUCCUCAUGGAGAACAAGUCAAAGGCCCGGCACGUGCUGAUGGAUGCCAUGAUCGCCGCCGGCGCCUGGCAGCUACCGGAUUGCACGUUUCAACUGAACAAGAAGGACGAGCCGCCGCAGUGCCAGAGGAUCAUUGCGAUCGCCAGAUCGUCGGUGGACCAGCUUGUCAUUGCUUGA